CUCUACAUUUGUGAAGGUUUAUCGAACUGAAUCUGUUAUUGUUGGUUUUUGGAACCCCGGGUUUUGAUAUUGCGCCGAAUUGCUCCAUUUUCGGACUGGAUUUAGAGGGAAACUAUCUGAACUAUGGAUGCAAGCUCUUUAAUUCUAAACCCCAAAAGGCAGAAAUUGGAUGGAGGAGAAGAGGUGGAAGGAAGCAGCAAGAGUUUAAGUAAUUUGCCUGAUGUGGUUAUUCAAAAAAUUAUCUCCCUGCUUGAAACAAAAGAUGCAAUCAGAACAAGCAUACUGUCUAAAAGAUGGGAAUACUUAUGGACAUCAAUUCCCAAUCUUAACUUUUAUAAAGGGCUGUUUGCUGCAAGAUCUCCCCUGGUGAAUAUUGUGGAAAGAGCACUUCUUCUUCGUGGUCCUGCUGAUAUAGAAACGUUCGAUCUUACGUUUCCAGUGCUAGAUGAUGCAUGUCGUGUUAAUGCAUGGAUUGAUGCCACAGUAAGGCGCAAUGUUAAAAAGCUUUAUCUCUACCUGCAUAGCCUCCAAGAACCAUUUUACUUGCCUCACUCCUUAUUUACUUCUACAACACUGGUGGCCGCAGAACUAGAUAUUCCUUUCCUUUUCAAGGCUCCUUCUACUGUUUGUUUCUCAAGUCUAAGGACCUUGUCUCUUAGGUCCAUUGUGUUUUCUGAUGACUCAACGCAGCAGCUGUUUUCUGGGUGUCCAGUCCUUGAGGAAUUAUCUAUAGAAGAAUGCAAAUGGAUGAAUCUCAAGUUUGUGAGUAUUUGUGCUCCACAGCUUUUGAGAUUGACUAUAACUGAAUUAGAUCCGCAACUUUCCAGAGGUUCAGAUGGUUGUCAGAUUAUGAUAUUUGGAGUUAGUCUGACAUAUUUUUAUUACAGGGGCAAGCUCCUAAAUGAAUACUGCUUUUAUGACUCGUCCUCACCUAAUGAAGCUGAGAUUCAUCUUUCUUAUAAUUUUACUAAGAAAUUGAGACCCACUGCUUACCGCUUGUAUAAGCUCCUUAGAGGGCUCUCUAGUGUGAAGGAAUUAGUUUUCUCUGAUUCGAAUGCCUUUGAGGUGAUUCUAAGUAAUGCACCAGAACUUGUUGCCCAGAUGCCCUUGUUCAACGAUCUGACCACUUUGGUACUGGAAGACUCAGUAUAUAUUGAUAAUAAAGCACUGUUGACGAUGCUCCAGUACUGUUCUUGUCUUGAAACUUUGGUAUUCGUUGAGGGGAUUGGCCUGUCCUCGGAUCGUGUAGAAGAUGGUGGGGUGUUGGAGCCACUGCCUCCAUGUUUCUUGUCACAUCUUAAAAUGAUUGAAGUCGGUGAUUUUUCCGGAGAUCAGAAUGAGCUUAAUGCAUUGGAGAUUUUGCUAAAGAAUGCAAUGGUCUUAGAGAAUAUGCUUCUAGCUUGCUCCACGGAAUUUCAAGGGGGACCAGAGAAGAAAACGGAAAUUGCCAAACAGUUAUCAAAUCUUGCCAAAGGACCAGAAAGCUGUGAAGUUGUUCUUGUUUGAGCCCAAGUUUUUAAUUAUACUCUAGACUUUAGCUUCUUUUUAAAGCUGCUGACUUGCAAUGACCUUCUGUGUUAUUUGGUUGCUAAACUAUUUGCAGAAACACUUGGCACAUGCACAUUUUGGCAAAACAGUCAAUAGCAAGUCUUCAGAUCAUAACCAAUGGUCAAGGGUUACUU